AUGCUUAGGCUGCGCUUACUGACGUGGGACGUGAAGGACACGCUGCUGCGGCUGCGGCGGCCGGUGGGGGAGAGUUACGCAGCCGAGGCCCGGGCUCACGGGCUGCAGCUGCAGCCCCCGGCGCUGAGCCAGGCGUUCCGGGAGGCGUACGGGGCCCACGGCCGGCGCUUCCCCAACUACGGCCGGGACCAGGGGCUGAGCUCCCGGCAGUGGUGGCUCGACGUCGUGGGACAGACCUUCAGGCUCGCGGGCGUGCACGACGACAGCAUCGUAACACUGAUGGCUGAAAACCUCUACCAGGACUACUGCAGCGCCCAGAACUGGGAGGUGCUGCCGGGAGCCAGCGAGACCCUGAGCCGGUGCCGCCAGCGUGGCUUCCGCAUGGGGGUCGUCUCCAACUUCGACAACCGGCUGGAGAAAAUCCUCUCCCGCUGCGACCUGCGGCACCACUUUGAAUUCGUCCUCACCUCCGAGGCCGCCGGCUUCGCCAAGCCCGACAGGAAGAUCUUUGAGGAAGCCCUGCGCCUUGGAGGGGUUCCCCCGGGGCAGGCGGCUCACGUCGGGGACGACUACACCCGGGAUUACCGGGCAGCGCGGGCCGUGGGCAUGCACAGCUUUCUGCUCCGGGCGGCCGGGCAGGGCGAGGAGCCGGCGGUGCCCCCUGAGCAUGUCCUGCCCACGCUCAGCCACCUCCUGGCUCUCAUUGAGAAGGGGUAGCUGCGUUUCGGAGGAGCCGCUGAGCGGGGAACUGGUUCUGCUGGGGGAUUUCUGGCUGCUGGGUGAGCAGGGAAAAGAGCAAGUGGUGCCACAGAGCAGGAGCGGGGUCCUACAAUAAAAUGUACCUGACACAG